UCAUUACUCCCUUUGACAACAAACAAUAUGGCGUCCUCCUUGGUACACUUCUUGCGAUGCAGUGUCAGUGGUCAAAUAAAAAAAAUUUUUGUAAUAAAUGGAAGUGUUUUUCAUUUAAACGAAGGAAGAUCAAAAUUAAUUUCAUUUUUAAGAUGCCAUAACAGCAAAUCAACCACACCAAGAAUCAAUGCUGUGAUGGGCAUGUCCUAUGGAAUUACUCUAACAUUAUUUGGCUUGAACCUGAGUAAGAAAGAGGAAGAUAAUGAUAUACUUACACAGAAGUAUAGAGAUGCAAGACUUGCCCAUAUGAGACAGGACCUGAAAAAAGCAGAUGAUUUGUACCAUGAAUGUUUGAAGCUUGCAAGCCAAUUAGUUGAGUCAAAAAGUAUAACAGAAGAAAAAUUUCUCACUGCGCGAACUUUGAUGUAUGAUGGCCUGGCAGACAUUGCAAUGCAGACGGGUAAUCUGGAGACAGCAGAACUACUGUAUAAAGACACCAUGAAGGGCUGUUUGCAGCAUGGUAUGGCCCUUACUCAUAACACAAUAGUAGAAAUCUCACUUAAGCUUGCUAGCAUUUAUGCUAUCAUAGGAAAGAAAACAGAAGCUGAAGCUGGCUACAUGUUUUGCAUUCAGACCCAAACACCUAAGCUGAAAGAGAGAGUCAAGCAGUGGCAAGACAAAAAGACGCCCACAGUACUGCAUCCAGAAAUGGAUGAGACAGAGAAAGACACAGCGGCUCUGUUAGGCAUGGCCUUGGGAAGCUAUGGACGCUUCUUGCUCUAUGAAAAGCGGUACCAGGAGGCUCUAGGCAUGUUUGAGAAGGCUCUUAUGUAUGCCAAGCAUGUUCUUGGCUACAAUUCAGACCAGUACAUCGUUGUGCUGAAUGACUUAGCUACACUGUACAUAGUGACCAAUCAUUAUCAGGAAGCAGAGAAUCUUCUCCUGGAGGGCAUCAACCUUUCAUCUAAGUAUAAGCUGAAAGAAGGGGCAGCCCUGUACAGUAAUCUGGGGGCCAUCCACAUCAGGAACAGAAAUAUAGAGGAUGCCAUAAAGUCAUGCCAGGCUGGCUUGGAAUAUGCCAAAAAGUUUGAUCACAAAACAGCUUACAGUAUGGCAGAGUCAUGUUUAAAAAAAGCAGCUACCUUGAUGUCAGCUAGCAGUGACAAAAAGACAAAUACUUAGUUUGAAUCUCGGGAUAUUAUUUUGCAUUUACUAGCAUUGCUAAUUUUGUCAGUUUUAAAAUGUGAUAUUUAUUUUCAAUAGAAUUUCGAAACAAGGGAGUGUAUAAAUGUGCAUAAGCAUGUAAAUAUAAUCUAAUCUUAUCUUAUCUUGAUGUGAAAGAUUUAAACUACUACUAAUAAAUUAUCUUUAAAACAAUCUUGAAAUCAAUGAAGCAAAAUUUUGUGAACAAUUUAUUUCACCUAAAGUAUUGAGAUAUUUGAAAUGGAAUGAUAAUCUCAUUGGAGGCAUUCAUUUUUUUUUUUUUUUUGGUGGGUUUAUGAUAAUGGCAAAAAACCUACUACAUUAAGAAGUUGUUGUUUUUUUGUCACUAAUGCCACCUUCUUGCCAUGCUGAGGAUAAGGAGACUAUUUUUGGAAUCAUUAUGACUACUCACUCAUUUCAAAUGUGAUAAGCUAAAAUUUAGACUCUAUGCUUUGACAAAAAAAAAAAGGAUAAGUUCCUUAAUAAAUAAUAGUUGUCUUGUUUACACAGAUUACAUGAAGGGAUUAUUUGAACUUUGUAAGAUGGAAACAGUCAUAGAAAUUAACCAUCAUGUCAAAGAGACUCUUUCUGUAGUAAUGUGUUAGGUAAAGAAAUUGACAAUGAACUAAAUGAAGUGUACCACAUUGCUUUAUUGUUCAAGAAAUGUACAGACUAAACUCAAGAAUGGAAUGAAGUCAUUCUCUGUUGUAGAGAUAAUAAAUAGAUUAAUUUUAUAUACAAUAGUUCAAGCUAUGCUGGAUUAAUAGCAGUGGUAUUGUUACUUGACUUCAAUGGAUGAUAUAACAGACUGAAGAGCUCUAACAUAAGCUGCAAACAGAAAUAAAAUAGAGAAUACUUUAAUA